CAUACACCUCUGCAAAAGAAAACAAUCUUUUCUGUAGUGCGAGUCAUGAGAAGAUUACAUAGUUGUUGAAGUGGUGCCCGUAGAAGAUGAAGAAAGGUUCAGAAGAGCCUUCCCAGCAUGGGCCUGAACCAAAACAGUCUGAUGGCCCAAACACACCUCUUCAUCCCUCCAUUCAGGAGUUUAUCUUCAAUUUGAAUGAGGAGGAGUGGAAGGAUUUCAUCAGCAUGAUAGACUGUCAAAUGGCAAGGAACCAGUUUGUGGAGGUGUGUCAGGCUGUGCUCCAAGUUGUGAGUUCCAGCUCAAUGAAUGUUAUCCUGCCAGUUUUUGCGCAUAAGGAGAGAGAUUUGGAGCACUCCUCAAAUACAUGCCCAAGUUGUAAGAGUGCAGGCUCUUCCACCUCAGCUAAGAUGUCUGGACGUCCUGCAAGCCAGGGGAGGAUGCUCCGUUUGAAAGUUUCCCUGGCAGCCUUGUGGAAGACUAUGACGGCAUGGCGUCCUUCCUGUGCCACAUCCAUUGCUACCACUGCGCUGUGUUCCUCUGUGACUGACCAUCGUUCUGACAGUGGCGAGCAGAGGACCUCCGAUCUGCCUGAAGUUGAUUCGGUGGUGCCGCAUGGGGGCGAGUGUUGUGACCCAGCAAGCAUUGAGGAGAUGGUGGACAGAGUGCUUUCAAGCGAAGGCCUUGACAGCAUCGCCAGAGACCUGGUUGAUGGGAUGCAGGGUAUCCUGCAGCAGAGUAGCCCAUCUGUGACACCAUCGGCUUCUGGCAGAAGCACCCCGCUAUCUCAGCCUCCUCAGAUGGUGUACUCUUAUGCAGGAGCAGCUGUGGAGGAUUUGCUCAAGCCAUUAUUACCGUUUCUGGUGGCUCAUAGCGCUCCUUUGGAUGGACCGAGACGGGCAGACUCCCCUGCCCCUGAUGCAGUAGACGAACUCCCAGCAGAGAACAAGGAAACAGCAUCUUCUCACAGCAAGGACCAAAGCACUAGAACUGCCAGCUGUGAACCGGACAUGGAACAGCAGGACUCCGAGUCCCAGAAGCGCCUGCUCAGCAUGAUCAGCUUCUUCACCAAUCUGAUGGCCCACCAGCUGAUGGUCACGCUUCAGAAGGAGGCAGCGGUGAAGGAAUGGAGCAAUGAUCAGAAGGGAAUGUUUGAAGGUCUGAUUGACAAAGUCCUGUCAGAGUCCAGUGGAGCCUCUGGAGCUCCGAACAGCCAUGAACAUCUGAACAACAACAUCAAGAUCCAGACCAUUUACAGCAUAAUGGAGAAGCUCCUGCUGAAGGAGUCUGGCUCCGAAGACAUCCAGCAGAAGGCAGUGAAACUAGAGGAUGGCUCGUUUCAUAACAGCUUUCUGACGAAGUUGAGAGAACUGUUGCAUAAGAAUAACAAAGAAGUCACUGAUGCCCCUCCAACUUCACUGAGAGCUUCAUCUUCACUUGGAUCUGUGCCUGUAGCUACAGGUGCUCAAAAAGGAGGGAGGUUCUCCAGAUUUCGGCUCAAGGUUUCAAGGAGACGUAGCACAAAGGUGUCUCCCGUCAGUGCCAUUUCUGACAUGGCAGACAAGCAUGCAGAGACUGCUGCCCCCUGUGCAUCUACUGAGAUGACUUCGGAUGCAUCUGUUGAUGGACCAAACACUUGCAAACGCUCCUGGAUCAUGAGAGUGUUCGGCUGUUGUCUCCAAAGUCCAACUGAGGCCUGAACAAACCAGAAACUCCCCAUCCUCCCAGAACUCCCAUCCCAAAGGAGUUUCUAUUCCAUUUCCAACACCUACUCCCCUCUUGAGCUUGCAUGCACCCCCCGACCACACACACACACACACACACACACACA